AUGUCACUCCGGGGGCAGCCAGUUUGCCUGGGGCUGCCCUGGAGGGUUGCGGCGACUGAGCCACAGGAUGAUGUGUUGGUUGAGGCACCGUCGUCUCCGGGGGCAGUGGCCCCUACCGCAGCCGAAGGGUGCCCCGUUCCGCCGCGGCAUGAGGCUAUUGCUGCUACCCCUCCUCCGUGUAUAUUCCCAGCAGCGGCGCCGGGCCAGGCUCCCCACACCUCCUCCCGUGGAUGGCUCUCCUCAGGGGGUCUCUCCUACCGGAGGGUUGCCGGGGCCAGGCCGUGUUCCGCAGGCCCGGUGAUCUCGGAGGCGCAGAAGCGGGUGAUGCGGCAGCUCGGCUUCGAAGAGAAGGAGGUGAUCGACCCAAAGGCUCAGGAUAUUUACAGCCUCAACCAGAGGGAUCGCAGAAAUUCAGUCAGGGAAGUCAUUCUUUCUAGCAAUGCAGAUAUUCUCUGUCUUCAAGAAACUAAGGUCGCGGACAUGUAUCAACGCUUAUUCGUCUCGGUUUUUGGCUCAGCUUUUGAUAAGUUCGUUGCGCUCCCAGUUAAUGGCACUCGUGGAGGGGUCUUGGUUGCUUGGAAGAGUAGCUCCUGUCAGGCUCUUGCAACCAGGGUGGAUUCAUUUUCAGUCUCUGUUCUGUUCUCUGAGCAAGAGGGUCGCAACUGGUGGUUCACUGGUGUCUAUGGGCCACAGGCGGAUGCUGAGAAAGUGUUGUUCCUGCAAGAACUCAGAAGCGUCUGUGCUUUAUGCAAUGGGCCCUGGCUUGUUACAGGCGAUUUUAAUCUGAUUUAUCAGGCCGAGGACAAGAACAAUACGAACUUAGACAGAGCAAUGAUGGGGAGGUUCAGGAGAUUUCUGGAUGUUGUUGAGGUCAAGGAGAUUCCUCUGUUGGGUCGCAAAUAUACCUGGUCUAAUGAAAGGCAGUCUCCCACUCUUGUGAGAUUGGAUCGUGCCUUCUGCUGUAUGGAAUGGGAGGGCAUCUUCCCUGAUUCAGUGUUGCAAAGCACAACUGCUGGUGUUUCUGAUCACUGCCCGCUUAUCCUGGGCCUAAAAGUAAGCACCAAUGGCAAACGUCGCUUCCAUUUUGAAAGCUUCUCGACAAAGGUCCCAGGUUUCUUGGAUGCUGUCAGUUUGAAUUGGGAGGCUCCCGGUGCAAGCUAA